AAAGCGAAAUUGCGAGGCGGAAAACGAAACUGCAUUAGCAACCACUAACAUAACCAGUGCUAACGUUUUAUGGAAGCGUGGUAUAUAUUUAUUUAUGUGAAACAGUAGAAUGCUCGAAGUCUUUUGUUGAGGUCUUCGACAAAAAAGUAAAUAGGUCCGUCCAGGGAGUGCAGCAUGAACAAAAUCAACUUGGAGGAGCUGACCAGCGAUGCUGGACUUCUGUUUGAAGUAGAUAAAGAAGAAAAUACAUACCCAGCAGAGGACAACAUCACUGAAGACGCAUUCGACCUUGUCUACUCCAGACUGGACACGCAGAUAGCAUGCCUGAACUUUGAUCAGCUCAUGAAAACCAUGCAGGAUAUAUCUGGCAGCGGAGGUGUUUACAAGGAGAUAAAGCACCCAGGAUAUGGGCCUAUGAUCACAGAAAAUUCGGUGGUUGAAGUCCAUUACGCUGGUUUCUUUGAAUACCGUGAUGAACCAUUCGAUUCUAGUCGUCUCCGGGAGGAAACCUUCAAAUACCGUGUUGGGUCAGGCAAAGCCAUUCCUGGCUGGGAAAUUGCGUUGUUGACCAUGAAGAAAGGAGAAAUAUCCUGGUUUUUAAUCCAACCUGAAUAUGGUUUUCAAGAAACCGGCUGUCCACCAAGAGUACCUCGAAAUGCCACAGCAUUGUUUGAAAUUGAAAUUUUGUCCAUUUCUGAUCGCGUGAAUGUGGGAGACUACUUCCUGAUGUCUGAGGAAGAAAGAUAUGCAGUCACAUUUGAGUCCAUCUGCCAACUUGUUGGAACCUACAAGCAGGAAGGUUAUUCAUUCUUCAAACAGAACCAUUUUCAGAAAGCUGUUCAGAAAUACAAUAAGUGCCUGAACCUUUUGGAAAGUGCUCACCUCAAAUCCGACCAAGAUGAAAAACGUUACAAAGAACUCAUGAUUGCCGUCCAACUAAAUAUCGCACUGUGCUGCCUGAAACUCUGCCGUUUCAGCAGAGCCGUGACUUUUUGCCGGAAGGUUCUGCAGCUGGAUCGAUGCAACACUAAAGCUUACUUCAGAUUGGGACAGGCUUUACAUAAGCUUGGAGACUUCUCUGAAGCCCUUCGGAACCUGACAAAAGCACAUAAACUACUCCCUAAGAAUGAAAUUAUCUUGGAGGAAAUUCAGAAUAUCAAAAGUGAUAGAGAGAAAUUUCAACUCGUUGAAUCCAACAUGUACCAAAAAAUGUUUUCGACCCUUGCCAAGGACCAACCAAUCCAGUAUCAGAAGACCAAGAAAACCCAACCAAAUGAAGAAGAAGUCAGUGAAGAAUUCUGUAAGAGUACAAAGGACUAUAUAAGGGACUUCUUGGAAGACAAGGACCAGGCCGAAUGUUCAAUGCCAGCCUUUAAUUUAACAGAUGCAGAAAUGCAGUUUCUCUUGAAAACCAUCGACGACAAGGGUCUGAGAAUAUUACAGACUGAUUCGGGAGAAUGUUCCAGCAUCAAGAUUGUGAAGCCAGACCAGGUUGCAAUCAAAGAAAACCAGACAUUAUUAUCAUAGCUACACCUUGUUGUCAUGACAACAGACAAUCACAACAGCAACACAGAUAAAUUUUAAUUCUUUCUCAAUAUA